AUGCAUCUGAACGAAACUCCGCCGGCGCCGCCCAAGCAAGCGGAGUCGGCCUUGCUCAGUCGUCGUCGCCGUCGCAAGUCGCUGCCCUCGCGCGGCCAAGGAGCUUCCUCGUCCGCCGAUCCAACGUCCCCCGAAGUCAUCUCCUCGUUGAUCUCAUCGCUGUCCACGAUCUCCGUGCCCCUGAACUCGCAUUUCGAUAACGUGCCCCGAAUCGACUCCAAGGAUUCCUCCGAUCCUGGGCUGCCAGAGGUUCCACACACCGCACCGUGUUUUACCAUUCCUCCUUCCAAGCAGCAUGGCUUUGGCAUGAGUUACGGCACCUACGCCGCGGUCGAAGAGCCCCCGCACAGUCCGUUUUUGCAUCCAGAUGAUGCGGCCUCGUCACCUGUCAUUCGCAUGGCCAGAGCGCCUCCGUCACCCAAGUCCCCUCGCUCUCCGAAAUUUAAACCCUUCAAAACGACCGAUUCAUCCACCCGCCCGGCGUCGAGGGAUUCCUAUACGUCUGUAAGGGCCGCCCCGGAAGAUACUGCGUUCGGGACGAUCAGCACUGAGCCGGCCCCCCGUGUCUCGAAAGCCCCCAGCAUCGCGUCCAACAGCUCCGCCGGCCGAACGAAGAGCCUAAAAGGUCAUUUCGGGCUCCUGAAGAAAUCUUCGCGCGAGUUCUCGGGCGACAAGGAAUCGCAGGCCGAUCGCUUGCGACGAACAACCAGCUAUAGCGACAGCCUGCGACAAAAUACUCCUCGCAGCCGGGCUAGUAUCCGAUCUUUGCACUCCAUGGCGGACGUCGCGGAAGAAACGGCGCCUCAUGGCCUGAAGGAGGAAUCGAGCGAAGUUUUGGUGGCCAGCACCCCGCCAAAUAAAGAACUGCCCUCAAUUCAGAACACACCCGAUCACCACAACAGCCCGGGCGGCAUCGGUAGUGGUAGGAUUAUCCCUACCCGUGAUUCGUCUCUGCGUCACCGACACAGCCAAUCCUCAGCCUCGAAGAAGCGGCGAUCUGCUCGUCAUAGCCGGUAUUCAUCCACGGCCAGCAAAGAAUCUACCUCGGAAAAUGGAUUGCCAGGUUCGAGUAACGACGCGGAGCAGGUCACACGGAGAAUUCAAGAGCUGAAAGACCAGCAGCAGAGAAUCAAGACCGAGCUGGAAGUCGACGACAGCCCUGGAAGGUCCACCAAGACAACGCCAAUGAAGUCAAAGGGCUCGCGCAGCUCAAGUCAAGUGGACCUAGGGCGAACCCCUCUAACUUCGUCCAAGAGCGAGCAUUCGGUUCUGAAUGAGAGUGCGCCUUCGCCAUCUGUGAUGACUGGAAAAAGCCGUACGGGGAAGCCGGGUGCACCUUUGGCAUCCAAGCCUACAAACUUCUCCCCUCAAGUACCAAAGCAUGCGGAAAACCAUGAGAAUGAGAAAACACGAUAUAGACGAUCAUUAGAGCCCGUGACCCCCACUAAGUCACAUCGCCGCACGCCGUCCGGUCCUGGCUUAGUUGGUCGUACCUCACUCAAUACUGAGAGACCGUCCAGUGCAGAUUCGAUCGAUCUGGCCGUGGAUGAUUAUAUCUUCUCUCCGAAACUCACCCAAAGGGUUGUUCAUCCCGCUACUGGGCGUAGUAUCGCAUUUUCUGAAGUCGGUGAUCCCAAGGGCCAUGUGGUGCUUUGCUGUCUUGGUAUGGGUCUCACUCGAUAUCUCAUGGCGUUCUAUGAUGAAUUAGCUCGGACCCUCAACUUACGCUUGGUGACUCUGGACCGUCCUGGUGUGGGUGAGAGCGGACCACACCAGCUGGAUGAACCAAGCACUCCGCUCAGCUGGCCUGAUGACGUCGCUAUUGUUUGUAAUUAUCUCCGAGUAACUAAAUUCUCCAUCCUCGCUCAUUCCGCCGGAGCAAUCUACGCUCUUGCGACCGCCCUUCGAAUUCCCCAGCAUAUUCGUGGGCGCAUCCAUCUUCUUGCUCCCUGGAUACCCCCUUCUCAGCUCUCCAGCAUCGGGUCCCAGAAAGACCCUGCCCCUACAAAUGCCGUUCCGUACUCUCAACGAAUCCUGCGGGCUCUUCCCACAUCCAUCCUGAAGGUGGCCAAUACCAGCUUCAUGAGUGCCACAAGUGCUAGCAUCACCACCAGCUUGCCAAAGUCCCCACGACGAUCCAAGAAGAAGCCCACAAAGGAGACAGCCAAAGAGACAGCCAAGGAAGACCUGGUUCCUCCCAUUCCAGAUGUCCCUUCGGGUAUUGCGAAUGAUGCACAGGCGCAACCUGAUGGACUCGCCCCACUUGGUUCUAGUGCCAAACUAUCUAAUAUAUCCCAUGCUGGAUCCCGGAAAAGCGAUGCGACCCUGGGGUCUCGUGCGAAGUCUCCUGAAGAAGAGCGUGAAAGACAGCGUGACUAUGACACUCGACUCACCCACCGGAUCUGGGAACUCGCGACGGCCAAUGCCAAUCCGGCUGUUGAUCUCUUGAUUUGCCUAGAACGCCGUCAGACUAUUGGCUUCCGCUAUGUGGAUAUCACCCGGUCCGUCGUGAUCCACCACGGCAGCAAGGAUACUCGUGUGCCCGUGGAGAAUGUCCAAUGGUUGGGCAAGACAAUGCGUCGCUGCGAAGUGCGAAUUCUCGAAGGCGAAGGUCACGGUCUCAUGGCCUCCGCCGGCGUUAUGGGCAGUGUCUUGACCGAAAUCGCGAAAGAAUGGGAAGACUGGACGACCAUCGUUCAGGGAAAGCGAAGAGGCGCUACUGCUCACCACUCUUCUCGACCUGGUCUUGCCAUUAAUACCUAA